AGCUGAGCUACAACAGGCUCACACACCAACUUUAAAAGACAUCUUAGAAAAUACAACCGUAAUCAUGGCAGGAACCCAGUCCAACAGUGAGGUGAUGCAUAUUGAGGAUCGUGACAUUAAACAUGUUUCCAAAGAGACAGUUGCAAAACUGAUUCAGCUCUCCCACGAGGCGAAGAAGCAAGCCUACUGUCCUUACAGCAAAUUCAGAGUCGGGGCUGCGCUGCUCACCCUUGACAACAGUGUGCAUACAGGUUGUAAUGUGGAGAAUGCCUGUUACAAUCUGGGAAUGUGUGCUGAGAGGAACGUUAUCGCGAAGGCAGUGUCAGAAGGGCACCAACGUUUCAAGGCCAUUGCAAUUGCCAGUGACAUGAGUGACCAGUUCAUUUCCCCAUGUGGAGGCUGCAGGCAGUUCAUGAGAGAGUUUGGAUCAAACUGGGAUGUAUACUUGUCAAAGCCUGAUGGCUCGUAUAUGAAGAUGACUGUGGAAGAGCUUCUGCCAGUCUCCUUUGGCCCCGAAGACCUGACCAAGAAGAAAGUGUCUUACAUUCCUAAUAACAACUGAGCCAGUCUUCUAGUACGAAAACACGCGAGUGUCCGUGACACGCAGCGUACUUCAAGCACAUGCUGAUCAUGCAUUGAUGUAAUGUAGCAGAAGUUAUAUUUAUGGUCAAUAUUUGUUCUUGUAUUAUUUGUCGAAAUGUAAACAAUGUCAAAUAUUUAAGUGUACUCUAAAUACCAAGUGAUGCUAAAAAUAUGUUGUGGAAACAGUGCAUCUGACUCAAAUAGUCAACCAUUUGCCCGCUUGUAUAUGAUGAGCACUGUGUAGAUCCAUAAACAAUGUGUGUCGGUUAAAAGAAGCACAAACAACAGAGAUAUCAAGGUCAAACAUAUUUGCACACUUUAAUAAAUAAACCGUUUUAAAAAGGAAUUUAGUUACACUUCAUUUUAUACAGUUAGAAUGACUUCCAAAAGACAUAGAAGAAUACAAUUAUUAUUUGUUGAGCAGCAAAUUGU